AUCCACAAAACAGCAUAAGAGUAAAAGAGGAACUGACUGCGUUACAGUCAGUGCGGGAGCAGCGGCUUCGCUCAUGCGCACUCAUUUGGAGUUUGAACGCACAGGUGUGAACAUCUCCUGUCCUGAUAGCAGCUGUGGGAGGACAAUCCUCCGCCCGUGAGCGUUUUUGCACGGGCGAGGUGCCCACGGCAGCACCCGCUGCUUGUUGAAAGUAAAAGCGACACGCGCUUUCACGUCAAAAAGUCGUCAUAAAUAAGUCUCCAAUAACACCAGAAAAAGUCGCCAGAUUUGUCGCUAGUCGCUUUUUAGAAAAAAAGUCGCUAAGGGGGUUUGAAAACUCGCUAAAUAUAACGACAAAGUCGCUAAGUUGGCAACACUGGACCGAAGCCUCUGCUAACGGAAACAGUUUAACACAACUUCCGCUCACGUCCUUCACAAUAAGAGCUACAGUCUGAAGGCUGCACCCGCACAGCUGUCGUUUACAUUUCUUUCAGCACUAAUAACGUGAAUCAUCAUUAUUACUGAUAAAAAACAAGUUGAUGAUCUGCUACACGUGACGCACACGGCACGUGGCGCCUCGCGGAGUUUUUAUUCUGAAGGCGUCGUCGUGUUUCCUGAAGAGACGAAAGUAAAGAUCACUCCCCAGUAACUCCCGGUGUGCCUUCGUCAGGACUCCUCGGUUCUCUGAGCGGUUUUAUCCUGAACAGGCGAGUCCUGCUGAGUGUCACACGCACUCAGCACUGCAGACACACCUGUUCAGGUGUGUGAGGAGCUUCCUGUCAGACUGAAGCAGGUGUGUGUUCACACUCAUGUUCCUGAAUCCAUCACUCUGCUGCUGGAGGCUCCUGCACGCGCUCAGUUUGGACUCACCUGGGCUCGUGCUCACACAUGGAUCCAGAUCUAGGUCCUGAUCCAGGUCCAGACCUGACUGUGGUCCUCCUGGGGAACUGUGGAGUGGGUAAAAGCGCUUCAGGAAACACGGUUUUGGGCCGAGCGGCGUUUGAGUCAAAGACGUCCUUCAAGGCGGGAGAGAGCGAGAUCAGAGAGGAGGCGGGGCGAGUGUUCGGGAAGGUGAUCCGCGUAAUCGACACUCCGGGAAUACUGGGACGAGAGGAGCCCGUCGGGAGGCGCUGUCGGGACGUGCUUGAGUCCCCCGGUUCUCACCUGUUCCUGCUGGUGGUUAAAACGGACCGAUUCACUGCCGAGCAGGAACGUGGCGUGGAGGCGGUGCUCGCAGCGGUGGGAGGGCGGGGCUUCAGCCGCUGCUACCUGCUCUUCACGGGUGGAGAUGCCCUGAAGAACACGUCGCUGCACGACUUCAUCUACCAGGACCGGCAGAGUCCGCUCCCUGGUGUGGUGGCGAGGUUCUCCGGGAGGGUUCACCUGUUCAACAACGAGGACGCAGGAAGAGAACAGGUCCGAGAGCUGCUGCUGAAGGCGGGGCUUCUUCACUGCCCGCCAGCUGAGUGUGUGGGGUCAGAGGUCAGGAGGAUCCUUCUUAUCGGUCCUCAUGGAGGCGGGAAGAGUUCUGCUGGGAACGCCAUGCUGGGCCGUCGCCACUUCGAGGUGGACUGCGACUUCCACCGAGGCGGGAGAGGACACAUGUGUGGCAAAGCAGAGGGGGGGCGGGUUUUCGUGGUGGACUCGGCGGGACUCUCGGGUGAAGGUCUGACCAGGGAGCAGCUGCACAGCGAUGUCGAGAGCGCCGCCCUGCUUGCCGAUCCCGGACCUCAUGUGGUGGCGGUGGUGGUGAAAAUCGGCCAGCUUUCGGCCGCAGACUCACGGGUGCUCGCCCUCCUGACCGAGCUGUUGGAGGGCGUGGCAUCCCGACACGCUGCUGUGCUGUUCACUCACGGAGACGCUCUGGGAGACCGCCGUCUGCAGGACGUGAUCAGGUCGAGCCGCCGCGUGUCAGACCUGGUGUCCUGCUGCCGGGGGCGACACUCCGUGCUGGACAGCACUCGCUCAGGAGAGCGUGCGCAGGUGGAGCGCUUUCUCUGCCUCAUAGACGACAUCAUCAGAGAGAACGAUGGACGCCACUGGAGCUGGGACCAACUGAGGUCAGGUGACUCGAAGGACACUUCCUGUUCGAACAACGUUGUCGAGCAUGCGCUCGCCGCGAGGACUCCUCCCUCUCUGCUGAGUGUGUGCUGGCGUGUCCUGUCUCUGAGCGCGCUCUUUGUGAGGCGUUAUUUCCACUGGAUUUAAAUGAUGGUGACAGAUGAAAUCUUUGGAUUAUCAUGAAUCAAACCAGUAAAAUAAGAUGUGCUCUCACCUUUCUGAGUCUGUUGGGUUUGAUCAGUAACUCCUUCACAUGGUGAACUCGUCUGUGGUGCCCGCGGUGAUCACUGGUCUAGGUUUCCAAUAUUAAUAAUAAACAUCAUGUUUGACUGUUUAUUAUGUACUUAUUUGUUUUUGGUUGGAUUAAGUUUGACAUUCAUUAGAUCAGUGCCUUUGUAGUCAUUAAUUUGAUUAUUUAAUAUUAACUGUUUAAUUAAAUCAUUGUUUAUACUGGUUUUUGUUAAUGUUUUUAGCAAAUUCUGCCUGUUAUGUUUAUUACCUCAUUUGUUGGACCUUAAUUUUUUAGACGACAUUCUGGCUGCAACAGCUGUCAAUAAUUUACUGUAAAUAUGAACUUUUGAAUAAAAAAACAUGUUUUGUAUUA